UUUACAGAUAGGAGGAAAUGAUUUAUGUGAUCCAGGUUUGAAACCAGAGACAUUAGCAUGUAAAAUUGUGGAUUUGAUGUCUGAUUUUCAAUUACAUUACAGCUUUGUAAAUAAGAUUGUUGUAUGUGAACUUUUUACGAGGACUCAACCUUGGUACAUUACAGCAGAGCAGUAUGAGAACAAGAGAAGGAUAGUUAAUCAGAUGUUACCCAUCCUGGAAGAUGACAAGAAGCUGUUUUGGAAACAUUUAAGGCUGAUGAAUAGCCCAUUGCAAAUCUUUGCUUCCGACGGAGUACAUUUGUCUGCAUUGGGAAUGCAAAAAUAUUAUAGAAGUUUACGUCUGGCCAUUUUGCAUGCUAUAGAGUCAUAGUGUAGAAUAGUUGUUUCUUUUCAUCUAAUAUGCUUGUUGAGUUUUUGAGAGUUUUUUAUACUACAGUACACGUUUGUAUAUUGUUUGUAAAUAUUGUGAAGAAGCUGUCUCACCUUUAAUUGUGUCACAUCAGGAUGCAUCCUAAAAGGAAGCCUAGUGAGAGGCAAUCUAAAAGGCAGAAAAAAGACCACACCCAAACCCCAGAGAAUGCAAUGACAGAGGCAAUCUCGGCAGCUGUGACUGCCAAAGUGCUGGAGAACUUGAAGGAGAAUGGCAUAUUGCCGCAACCUCGUCCGACGAGACCCCAACCUGUUGAGAUGGAUGUCCUCGUACAUGAAGGUAGAACAGUUUUUGAAAAUAGCCCCAGCUGCUCAACCCAAACCGUGCUUAGUUCCACAUCAAUUCCAGCCACAGAACUUUUGGAGUACGUUACAAUCUUAGCAAAUGCAGCUCUAGCUCCAUCAACUCAAGCUACUUACAGCCGCGCAUGGAAAACUUUUGACUCUUUCUGUACAGAAAUAAUGAACCAAAGUCUGCAGCCACCAAUAUCUGUAGCUACAAUUUCAUUAUUCAUUGCCUACAUGUUUAAAAAAUCAUAUGCUCCUAGUACAAUUUCAACAUAUCUAUCCGCCAUAGCCUAUGUGCACAAAAUGAUGUCAAUGCCUGACAACACUCGGUCGUUUUUAGUUGAAAAAUUAGUUAAAGGCACAUAUAGAUUAUCAAAAACAUUUGAUAGCCGUCUCCCAAUUACAAUUCCUAUUUUAAACAAGUUGUUACACAGUAUAACAUUAGUUAUCAAGUGUACAUAUGAUCAAAUUUUGUUCAAGGCAAUUUUCUUAUUUGCUUUUUCAACUUUCUCUAGAGUUGGAGAGUUGGUGACAACAAAAAAUGCCCCAAAUGAUAAUGUUCUGCUAUUGCACGAUGUUUCAUUGUCUUAUGUACAGGGCAAAGCUGCAGAAGUUCAGGUUUGCUUCCGAAAAUUUAAGCAUAACGUUAGAGGAAUGCCAAAGACUAUUUCGUUUUCACAUGGUACCGCAAUGGAAUCAGCAGUCGUAGCUAUGGUUGAGUACCUUAAAGUGAGACCCUAUUCCGUACCCACAGAACCAUUGUUUUGUUCUGUUGAUGCCACUCCAUUACAUCGUCCAGACUUUGACAGAAUUUUACAUAAAUGCCUAGCAUCUUGUGGUCUGGAUAGUUCGAGAUACAAAGGACACAGUUUCCGCAUAGGAGCAGCAACUGAUGCUGCCGAGAGAGGCUUAUCCGAUUCACAAAUACGCUCUAUGGGACGUUGGAAGUCUAACGCAUUUCAAAAAUACAUAAGAUCCCAUUUAAAUUGAUAGGCAUUUUUGGUACCUGCUUGGGCCGGUACAAUUAUUUUUAUAGGAAUAUAUACAAAUUUUUCAGCAUCUCUGCGUUACUUGCUUGGGCCGGUAAUUGGCAAUCAAUACGAAUUUUAUUUUUUGUAAAUCUCCAGUUAGUGUGUCAUCAUAUAAUAAACAUAUCAUUUUAUGCAAUAGCAAUUAUAAAAGAUAAAAGGUUUCAACGCAUGAAGCUAUGUUAUUUUAACAAUACUUAACUGCUUGGGCCGUUAAGUUUUCAAUGCCAAUUGCAUGCUAUAUUUAUGCAUACUUAACUAUAAUGCAUACAUUAAAAUUAAUACAUAGAUGUUUGUUUGUGGCUCUAAUAUCUAUUUAGUUAUGCACGAUAGAUUGUUGUGGAAGUUUGUAUUGUCAUUAUUUGCUUACAAGGACUUUGUCUGUUAACAUAACAGUACUUGCUUGGGCCGGUAUUGUAUUUAUACUUGUAUUGUUCAAUUGGAACUAAUUAUGAUCAGGCAUUAAGCUCAAAGCUUUAUUUUCUGCCAAGUGCUUGGCCUUUGUGGGGUAGGAAAGAUUUAUUUUAUUGCAUCUUUCCUGGUGGCUUAGUUGACCCCUUUUAUAGGCCAAGCUAUUGUAUUAUGUAAUAUGUUAUGUAAUAUGUUAUUAGUGUUUUUAUGUAUUUUCAUUCAUUGUUAUCGUGUUGUACAGAUGUAUAUAUAUUGUGUAUUUUGAUAUGAAAGAAUUUUUUACGAAUAAGUAAAAAUUUUGCAAUUUACUUUCUAGUUUCUCCAUUCAUUUAUACAUUGCCCAUACGAUAUCAAAAAGAACUUUUCGUCGAAUUCUGACACUUACAUCAUAUCAGAUGGUUUGUUACGGUUGUAGGAAGAUAGCAUAAAGGCAAGUUAUUUUAAUAACUUAUUUUAUGCAGAUGACGGAAAUCUUUAGUUUUAUUCUAAUUUAAUUUUCGCCUUUCCCUUUGGGGAGCCCCUGCACUAGAUCUUGUGUUGCAGUAUUUACACUACACGUCACAGUUUUACACAUUCUUGAUAAUCAACACGAUCGAUAUUUAUGUAAACAAGAUUUUAUUUGGGAUUUUAUCAAUUUUCCCUCCCUCCAUCCCCUUUUUUCAACUCCUUUUCUUAACUUAGAAAUUUGUUGUUUUGUCUAACUAUGACAUUUUUGGCUUGGCUUAGUUGACCCCUUUUAUAGGCCAAGCUAUUGUAUUAUGUAAUAUGUUAUGUAAUAUGUUAUUAGUGUUUUUAUGUAUUUUCAUUCAUUAUUAUCGUGUUGUACAGAUGUAUAUAUAUUGUGUAUUUUGAUAUGAAAGAAUUUUUUACGAAUAAGUAAAAAUUUUACAAUUUA